GCAGGCGGAAAUUUUUGAAGAAAUUUAUCAAGUUGAUGAAUCAAACUCUGAAGGAUUCAGAUGAAAUCAAGAUGCAGAGUUGUCUGAGAAAGACUUUAGAUCCAAUAUACAAUCCUUUGAGAAUUUAUACAACUGGAGCAAUUGUAUCAGUAAUUUUUUGGACUGGAUUACCUAUUGUGGGUAUAAUGGAAAAGGAUAAAUUUUCGUACGUCGAUUAUCGAGUACCCAUUUAUUUGCCAGAAGCACCUUUCUCGAGGAUCCCUUUUGCCUGCGGUGUUCUAUUUGAAAUGAUCGGCAGCGGAUUUACAAUCGCCAAAAAGACUGGUAUCGAUGUUUACAUGAUGCAUAUGAUCACGCUACUAACUUCCGAGUACCGAUACAUCAGCGCUGAGUUGGAGAACAUAUUUGGUCAAAAUCGGACGACAGAAGAGGCAGAUCAUGAAAUAAAUAUCAAAAAAAUUGUCGAGGAAAAUGAGAACAAGGAAAGGAUACACAACCAAGAAACGAUACGAAAUAAUUUGAAAAGACUGAUUCAACAUCAUGGUGUUGUGACGCAAGCUGGUCAGAUGUUAAAAAGUCUACUAUCAUUAAAUGUUGCUGUGACUUAUUGCAACUGCAUUUUUCGAUUUUGUUUCUUGGCUUUCAUGAUGUUAACUAUUCCAUCAACUUAUUUCGAUAAAUGCUUGCUAGCAAUAUACACUAGUGGCUCUUUGAUUCAGGUUUACAUGCUGUGUUUCAGUGUACAAGCAUUAUUAGAAGCGAGUACUUCGAUCACUGAUGAAGCUUUUUAUAAACAAUGGUACAAUUGUGAUUUGUGGUCUCAACGAACUUUUGCCAAAAUAAUGAUUUCCAAAAAAUUCGAGUGCAGGCUUACUGCAUUUGGAACAAUAGACUUGACUAUAAAGACCUUCACAAUGAUACUAAGGCAAUCGUAUUCAGCCUGUUUGUUUCUUCUGAAAUUGAACUCAUGAUGUGGAUUCUAUGUUCAAGAUGAUUAUAAGAAUCUAUUAUUUUAUUAGGGAAAGUAAUCUAUUCAUGUAUCUAACUGCAAUAUUUUGGCUCUAAUAUAUUUAGUGCGAAGUUUAUUUUCUUCAAGAGGAACUUUACAUAUUCUAAGAUAUUGUGAAUAAGUGAGAAGAAUGUUAAUUGCGAAUGAUUUUGAUUUAUAAAUUUCCUUUUUUACUUUGUGGGGUUUUGAAAAUUAUAGUUCUGAAUUAUGUAAGUACAUUAAUUAUAAGGUUACGAAUUUUUAAAAUUACAUUUUUUCUGAAAAAAAAGAUCUUCUCCUGUAGCUCCGCUGAGAAUCGAACCGCAGAACUUCCGAUUGCCGGUCGAGUAGUUUCCCCUUAAACUACUAGAAUCAAAAUCUGUCAACGUUCUCAUCCAACUUAUUUGUUAGCUGAUACACACAAUUGUGAAAACCAAAUUAUCCUUAGUAGUAUUAAAACACUAUACUUAUCAACAUGUGAAAUAUCCGUUCUCAAAAUCGAUUAUUUAGUUUUUAUUAGUUUAGCUGAAAGUCAAGGAUAUAUUAUAGUUCCUGAAAAAUCUAUAG